AUGAGAGUCGUACUCCUGCUGUGUGUUCUCUGCGCCGUGACUGACGGUUGGUUUUUCGGGUCGAAGAAGAAGUGGGAAUGUUUCGGGGAGUUCGGCUGUUUCGGCAACGAAUAUCCGUAUGACAACACGAAGGGUUGUAUUCCCCAGUCACCCGAUGAGCAGGGACUACAGCUUGCCCUCUACACCCGGAACAACAGGUACUACCCUCAGUGGAUCAACAUCGACACCAACACCGACAACGCAGGCAACAUAUUCAGCAUCUCCAACAGUCACUACACCGCCGGGAAACGCACCUACUUCAUCAUUCACGGCUACACUGACGACUGUCUCUCGGAAUGGGUGGCUAACAUAGAGCGCACAUUGCUUGAAAUAGGUGAUUUCAAUGUGUUCCGUGUAAACUGGCAAGAAGGCGCAUCCCCCAAGAUAUACGACCAAGCUGCCUCCAACACAAGACUCGUGGCAUCCAUGCUGUCACUGUUCAUAAAGGCGUUGAACGAAAUCGGCACAUCAUACGGUGACAUCCACAUCAUCGGCCACAGCCUCGGCGCUCACAUCAGCGGACAAGUGGGUCAGCUGCUGGGUGGACAGCUUGGGCGAAUUACAGGCAUGGAUCCGGCAGGCCCCUCGUUUGACAAGGAUAACUGCGACAUUAGACUGGACAAGACGGACGCCCAGUUCGUGGACAUCAUGCACACGGAUGCAGAACAUCUGUCAAAGUUGGGCUUUGGUAUGAUGCGACGGAUGGGCCACGCCGACUUCUACCCUGCCGGUGGGUCCGACCAGGAGGGAUGCCCCAAGAACUUCGGCGAUCACCUGUUUUCGUUGGUGACAGGCGGUAUUAAAGGGUUCAUCAACGGCGCCGCGUGCAGCCACAGCCGCGCAUACGACAUGUUCUGGUCCUCCCUCACCCUGUGCCAUUACACGGCCGUACCCUGCGCCAACUGGGACGACUUUAAGGCAGGGAAGUGCAGCUGCAGCGACGCCACGCCCUGCUCACGCAUGGGCUACUUCGCCGACCCCAACCUCCACGGCACUUUCUUCCUCAGAACCACUGGGACUCCACCUUAUUGCUUAAACAAGUGGGGCUCCACCUUAUUGAGGUCAGUAAGCAAGUGGGACUCCAUCCUUUUUGAGGUCAGUAAACAAGUGGGACUCCACCUUAUUGAGGUCAGUAAACAAGUAAGACUCAACCUUUUCGAGGUCAGUAAACAAGUGGGACUCCACCUUAUUCAGGCAUUCUGCCAACCUGACAAGGCGGCCAGAGAACCAGGGGGAUAG